AUGAACUUCUGCCUCCUCCGUUACCUCCGACGGAAAUCCCUUCACCGGCGUUCUUCCCUGGCUUCUAACCCCUUUGAUCUCAGUCUCCCCUCUAUCUCCAUACCUAAAGUUGUAAACUUUUCACACACGGCAACAGCGAUCAGCCAGUACCCGCAAAAAUUCACAUCCUUCCCUCCUGGACUCUCUCUCUCAUCCAUCUCCGAGCGCUGCUCCAGACUUCUAUCGCUAUGUACUGCUUCAAAGUCGUUAGCUCCUGCCAUGGAAGUUCACACCCAUUUGAUCAAAUUCGGCCUCCAUCAAGACGCAAGGCUGAGAAACCUCGUGGUUAACGUCUACUCAAAGUGCAGGUGCUUCGGCUACGCGCGCAAGCUGCUCGACGAAAGUCCUGAACCAGACUUAGUAUCCUGGUCCGCCUUGAUUUCAGGGUAUUCGCAGAAUGGGUUAGGCCGGGAGGCGAUUUCGGCCUUCCGGGAGAUGCAUUCGCUCGGGGUUAAGUGUAACGAGUUCGCUUUCCCCAGUGUGUUCAAGGCUUGUAUUCUCACGAAUGAUUUUAGCCUAGGGAGGCAGGUCCAUGGAACGGUGGUCGUCACAGGGUUCGAGAACGACGAGUUCGUUUUGAACAGCAUGGUCGUUCUGUAUGCAAAAUGUGGGGAGAUUGCCGAAUCGACGAGGAUCUUUGAUGCAAUCCCACGCAGGACUGUUGUCUCUUGGAAUGCUUUGCUCAACUGCUAUGUGCAGCGUGAUUCGUUUGGGGAGGCGGUGGAGUUGUUUCAGGACAUGAUUGUGACCCAAACGCGGCCUAACGAGUUCACAUUGUCGACUAUGAUAAACGCCUGCACUGGCCUGGAGGACGGUAGGAACGGAAGGAAAAUUCACGGGUACUUGAUAAAGCUUGGUUAUGACUUGGAUUUAUUCUCUGCAAAUGCUCUUGUUGACAUGUAUGCAAAACUAGGAUCUUUAAAAGAUUCCUUGAGUGUCUUCAAUGGAACAGCAAAACCUGACAUUGUUUCAUGGAAUGCUGUUAUUGCUGGUUGUGUGCUUCUUGAGUCUCACGAUUGUGCCUUGGAGUUGUUUAGGCAGAUGAACAACGAGUCUGGUAUUUCCCCAAAUACAUUUACCUUGUCUAGCGCUCUCAAAGCUUGCGCUGGAGCUGGAAAUAGAGAACUUGGAAGACAAUUGCAUGCGUAUUUGAUAAGGAGGGAUUUAGGAUCAGAUGCAUUUUUAGGUGUUGGGCUUGUGGAUUUAUAUUCAAAGAGUGGCUACAUGGUUGAUGCAAGGUUAGUUUUUAACUUAAUUCCUGAAAAAGACUUGAUUUCUUGGAAUGCUGUCAUCUCUGGACAUUCACAGAACGGAGAAGAUGUAGAAGCUGUUUCUCUUUUCCCUUUGAUGUACGGGGAAGGAGUAGGAGUCAAUCAGACAACUUUAUCAACUGUUCUCAAAUCCACUGCUAGCUUGCAGGCCAACUGGAUUUGCAGGCAAAUACAUGCACUUUCUCUGAAAUCUGGCUUUGGAUCUGAUAAUUAUAUAGUGAACAGUUUCAUUGAUGCUUAUGGGAAAUGUGGACGGACAGAAGAUGCAUCUAAGGUAUUUAGAGAAAGUCAAACUUCAGAUUUGUUGGCUUUCACUUCUAUGAUAACAGCUUAUUCUCAAGAUGGGCAAGGUGAAGAGGCUCUCAAGCUCUAUUUGGAAAUGCAGAGUCAAGGUAUCAAGCCAGAUGCAUUUGUCUACAGUUCCCUCUUAAACGCUUGUGCAAGUUUGUCUGCAUAUGAACAAGCAAAACAAGUUCACGUCCAAGUGCUGAAGCUAGGUUUUAUAACCGAUAUCUUUGCUGGGAAUUCUCUUGUCAAUAGUUAUGCGAAAUGUGGGAGCAUAGAUGACGCAGAACGUGCUUUUCGUGAAAUACCAGAGAGAAGUAUAAUCUCAUGGUCUGCAAUGAUUGGAGGAAUGGCUCAACAUGGGCAUGGGAGACUUGCCCUCCGACUAUUCGAUCAAAUGCUGAAAGAUGGCAUUGCUCCCAAUCACAUAACUCUUGUAAGUGUUCUUUGUGCUUGCAAUCACGCAGGCUUGGUAUCCGACGCCAAGAGAUAUUUCUCAUCAAUGGAGGAGCUAUUCGGUGUUCGACCCAUGGAAGAGCACUAUGCAUGCAUGAUUGAUAUUCUCGGGCGAGCUGGGAAGCUCGAUGAGGCAAUGGAGCUUGUAGACACAAUGCCUUACGAAGCCAAUGCUGCAGUAUGGGGUGCUCUUCUUGGCGCUGCUAGAAUACACAAGAAUGUUGACCUCGGGAGUAAAGCUGCUGAGAUGCUUAUCAAUCUUGAACCCGAAAAAUCAGGCACCCACAUUCUUCUUGCUAAUAUUUAUGCAUCAGCUGGGAUGUGGGAUGGGGUAGCAAAGGUAAGGAAAGUUAUGAAAGAUAGUAAUGUGAAGAAGGAGCCUGGAAUGAGUUGGAUGGAGAUAAAGGACAAAGUCCACACCUUUAUAGUUGGUGACAGAAGCCAUCCUAGAAGCAAAGAAAUCUAUGCUAAGCUCGAGGAACUCAGUGAGCCUCUGAGAAAAGCAGGCUACGUUCCCAUGGUCGAAACCGAUCUUCACGAUGUCGAAGAAAGGGAAAAGGCGAAGCUGUUGUACCACCACAGCGAGAAACUCGCAGUGGCUUUCGGACUGAUCGCCACCCCUCCUGGAGCUCCCAUUAGGGUGAAGAAAAACUUGCGGAUUUGCUUGGACUGCCAUACUGCAAUCAAGUUGGUCUCGAAGAUCGCUUCGAGGGAAAUCAUCGUCAGGGAUGUCAACAGGUUCCAUCACUUCAAAGAUGGUCUGUGUUCCUGUGGAGAUUACUGGUGA